AUGUUCUACAAGUCCAGCGUCGCCGAGCACAACGAGUUUGACGUCUUCGUUUUCGGCGGGCCCGUCAACUUCCGUGGUUACUUCCCUGGUUACAGUGUCAAUGCCACCGCCGAGCACGACUGGUUCACCUGGGCAAUCCUCAAGGCCCAUCCUCGCAACAAUGCAGGAACCAUCAAGCUCCGCUCUGCAGACCCCCUCGAUACCCCCGAGAUCGUCUACAACUACUUCGACACUGGCGUCGGUGACUACGAAAAGGAUCUCACUGCCCUCAACGAGGCCGUCCAUCUCGCUCGUGACUCGUUCAAGCGCCAACUCGUCAAGAUCGAUGAGGUUCUGCCUGGCAAGGAUGUCACUACCAGGGAAGGCAUCUCUCAGUACGCAAAGGACACUGCAUGGGGUCACCACGCCUCGUCGUCGUGCCCCAUUGGCGCCGAUGGCGACAAGAUGGCUGUUCUUGAUUCGAGCUUCAGGGUCCGCGGUACUGCUGGUCUGCGUGUCGUCGACGCUUCCGUCUUCCCCAAGAUUCCCGGCACUUUCACUGCCGUCUCUACAUACAUGAUUGCCGAAAAGGCGGCCGAUGUCAUCUUGCAGCAGCAGCUCAAGCAGUAA